AUCAAUAAUUCACGAUAAUCGUAACGAUCAUUCAACACAGUGAUAACCUAAAAAAUAGCUGCCCAUAAUUAAGGACAUUUCCAUAAAUAUAAUCGGGCGCAAAUUAACAAGAUUUUAUGCUAAACUGUUUAAUCAGUGAAUUGUUAUCAUGCGGGUAACGGACGUACUUACUUGGAGAAGCAUCUGAAUCGAUAGAGGAAUCGUUCUCUCAGAGGCCUACAGUUUGCAUUCGCGCAGUACUUCUAGGCUAGGUAGCAGAAAUACGGUCAGCUCUGAAACGGUUAAGGAAUGCCAUGUUUCCCCAUUCUACUCGCAUGCUUGUUCCACUCCUGCCCCUGGCCAUCGGUACAUUGUAUAGAGGUGGAAUCCCCCACCUCGCGGGCAGAAGCACCUGUUGCGCAGCUACUUGUUUUACUCGAUCCGUGGGCCCGUUCUCUCUUUCUUUCUCUUUCUCUUUCUCUUUCUCUUUCUCUCAGUAUCGUGCAUGGUGUCACGGCAGUAGGACGGUCUCCAAUCGCGGUGGUGAUUCUUCGGUAAAGGGCAACGACUCGCGAAGUGAAAAUAAUGUCUGCUUAUGCACGUCGAAUGGAGUCGCGGUGAACAGUGCGGAUCCUAGUCACUCCGACAGUUCAGCUUUGAAAUUCCUUCAAGAGGAAACGCGAGUACGCCACGGCAGGCAAGUUGGACAUGCAUCGAAGGAGAGUUUAAGAAGGAGCAAUGGAGGACGAGCCACGGGAUACCUGUUUCGGAGCAGGAAGCGUGGCAGGGGCUGUGAUCGGUACCUUCCUUACGACGAUUUUCCUGAUGGUCGUUGUUGCACUCCUUUACAGACAGUGGCGUAAGCACAAGGGAAAGCAUUUGGUAUUAGUGACGGACCCAGAAAUUGUCGAAGAGGCCUACGCCUUCGAUAAUCCUUGUUUCAAGGAUGUGACUGCGACGUCGAUCAAUCGAACUCGAGAAGGACCGGUGUCUGUAACACCUGGUGACACUCCAGGUAAAGAUUCUGUGCGAUGGUCUACUUCUUGGACGUCCUUGGGCCUGGGAUCAACCAACCGCAAUGAUAAGAGAAAAACUCUCGAUGAUUCUUGCCUUGGACCGAAAGCCACGAAGGUUAAUGUAGUCAGCUUAAAAAGUCGAGAUUUCACAGGACUGGGAUUUAAUAUUUGCGGUAACAUGAGAGAGGGGAUCUUUGUUAAAGACCUCUUGCACCGUGGACCUGCAUCAGAAUCUAGACGAAUACAUCCAGGAGAUCGUAUAGCCAGCGUGAAAAUAAGUUUUCGAAAUAUGGUAUACGAGGACGCCCUAACGAUUCUAAGUUACGCCUCGCCAUACGAUGUGAAACUCGAAGUGGAAAGUGGCGGGAGCGGAUCAAAACCUACCACUCUAUUAAAGAAGAGCGUUGGGCCUAGCGCCGCAAGAAUUUGCCACCCCCUGUACAGAAGUCAAUCGAUUCCAGAACUCUCCCAAUCAAAAAUCGUUGCAAAAAGGCUUUUUAUUGUCGAUCCUAACGAAUCCAUCAGUUCGAAUUACUCCACGAUGAAUUCCACUUUGAAAUCAUCAAAAUCUACACCGAGUAGCCAAACGUUUGAAAAACGCCACGAGGAGUCUAGGGGUAACCAUCAGAAGUUCGGUAUCAAGGUUCUGCCUGCUCUUGACGGCACGGUUCAUCGUAUCGAGAAUCAAAACGAGCACAACACGAACCUUGAAAGAAGAAACUCGAAGAAGAUGGACACAGAGAAGCACGUAUCAAACGCAAAUAGAGCUUCAGUGGUUAGCGACAAGAAGGAAGAAGCUCAGCAUCGACAGAAUUCCCAAGGAUCAAACGUCCCCAAAGCGAGGAACGACACACGUGGUGUCGACGCGUUGGACAAAGCUGGAAAAGAAGUGGAAUCGAUUCACAUUCCCUCAGAAGUGCCAACAGAGGUGCACAAUGCAGCUAUGGCCGCGCGUAGGAAUCGCAAAAAUAGCUCGGAGCUGUUAAACGUUCAGAAGAAUAUCGAACCUGUGGAGACGGAGGACUCGAAGAAUGUACAAAAGAACAAAAGGAAAGCUCCUCCUCCGCCCAAAGGUAACAGUUACGAGGUUGAGCAGGCCUCGUCUGCCAAGAAGGAUUCACUACUGUCGAAGAAGGAGGACGAAAUAAAUAGAAUCACCGAUUACACGGAGUCUGUGACCGAUUGCAGACCAGAGAAAAUUGAUUCGCGCAGGGAACAGAAGAUGGAAAUGAUCGACGGAAGACACUCUGAGUCCGACACGGACAGCGAGAUACAGAACAGUUUCACGACCAUUGAAUUAAACUCGGCUGACAUCACGAUCCAUCGAACCCCCAUACCAGAGACGAACGACGACGAGGACGAUGAGGACGACGUGUACAGAAAGGCAGCGAGCUUGGGGGACCUGUCCAAGUACGAAUGCAGAACAUCGACUACUCUGGAGAGAGCUCAGAGUCUGGACAUGACGGACACUGGGACGAAAAAGCGCAAAGCACCCCUUCCACCUGAGGAUAUCAACGAGUCUACGGAGGAUCUGACCAAGCUGGAUCAAAUGGACACCUUCGACAGACGGUUGCUCAAGAAGUCCAACGAGUGGGGCACUUUGGAAGACGUCGUCUGGCGCAAGACGCAGGACCCGGACGACAGGUCAAAGAGGUCGAGAAUCCGGAAAAAGAGCAACGACUCUCUGAAACGGUCCACGUCCGCUGUAGAGAUUAAACUGAAGAGCGAUAAUCCAGAUGCUAAAGAGGAGAGCGUCGAGCUCUAUAAUCUUCCUCUGAGCAAGAGACCCACGGAGGAAUUCAUUCGCGCGGAACGAAUGUUCAAUCCGGAUGAGGAUAAUUCACUGGCUAGAAUCGUCAACGAUGGCACUGUUGUUAAAAGUCCUACGGUCGAAGAGGUGGAGUUGAAGUUCAAGCAAGAAACGCCACUACCAGAUGAUUUUGAUAACGAUAACGUCGUGACUGUAGAUGAACAUUCCUCUGAUGAGGAGGAGAGAGCGCUGAACAAAGAUUUCAGCAAAGCUUUAAAACAUUUUGAAAUGUAUUCCGAGAAAUCACCGAGCUUGGAAUCUCCCAAGCACGACCUGUUCCGUUUCAAAAACUGGAAAGAGGACGAGUCGAUUUCAUACGUUGGGAAGAGAGCAGUCGAGGAGGAGCCCAUGACGAAGAUUAACGUUAAAAGAGGAUGUCACGCGUGCGCUGAAAAUUGUAAUCGCCACGAGACCUGCAAGAAAAAGUCUUUUUCUUCGAAACGAUCGUCCACACCGAUACCUCUGCAAGACUAUUCGUCGAACUUAGCCGAGGGUAACGGUUCCGAUUCGAUAACGAUGCACGACGAGGAGGAAGGUAACUCGAUACCCCACACGUACGGGCCCAAACACAGAGGAAACGUAAGCGAGACUUCGUCGAUAGAGGUCUCCACUAGUCAAAGAAUCGACCGAGAAAACGACGAGGACGAGGACGAGUACGAGUUCGGUUCCGGCGUGACCGUGAACAGCAAAAGUUUGUUCGACCGCGAGGACCGUCGUAACAUUAACAAUAUAAGUGUAUCCAGUGGUGAGAACAGUGAGGACAGCGGACUGGUUGGUGAAUCGAUGGAUUACAAUCCGCAGGACUUCGACAACCGGCCACCGUUACCGAACACGCCUAUGCCGCAAAAGAUGACCUACAUUACAGAGAUCAAACUGUCCACUGAUAGAGAGAAACCUCAGGACGAUGGGAAUGAGAACAGCGAAACACAUUCAGCAAUGAGAAGCAAGGAUAAGAAGUCUAUACAAAGUGAAAUAAAAAUGACAUCGAAUGGAAAGACUGCUUCUAAUAAGAAGCCUCCGGUCCCUCCUAGAAGAACGGACAUUGCUAAAUGUAAUAAGAAGGGAAACACCGAUAAACAAAUCAUUUAUGUCUCCGAAUACAAACCUAGCGAGUCGAAAGGAACCGAUGAUUCAGAUGCGAAACAAGAAGUAUCGGAUACUGGUUUGAAGAAACUUGAUCAAUGGACGUUUGUACAAGAUAAAGAACAGAAUCGAUGAGAACGAAUCAAGAGAAGAAACAGAAAAAGACGUAAAAGUUGUUCAUUGAUAAUGUUCUCGAAUCUAAAAUUCGAUAUUGGAAUACUAAUGAACGAAUCGUAGCUCCAAUUGUAACAGACUGUUAUCAUCUUACCCUUCGAAAUUGUUUGAAAAGAUAAGGAGAAGGAAGGGAGACGUUGUAAUCGGCAACAGGAAUUCAAUAUGGUGAACUCGAAGAACAAUUAUGAUACACUGUACUCAACCUUUAUCGCAUGGACGAAUCAACUGUCGAUCGCUAUUAUAUACAUACAUAUGCUCAUCUUGAAUAGAUCUGUUCUUGAACUAGUCGAAAGAAAAUUUUAUUUAGUAUCUUCUUCAAUUCUUUUAAAAGACUGGCUCGUGUUUGAAAACAUGAUUUUGAUGUUUCGAUGACAGCGUUUACUGUAAAUUGUAUUUAUUUCUCAAUGAGUUUCUUGUUUUAAAAAUUAUCAUUAUUAGAAUUUGUAUUAUACAUAAAUUGCAUCUUUAUAAGAUAGUACAGUAUUAUUAAGUAUCAUACGUAUCAAGAAUCGUACAUAUUCCGUGUAUACCCUUUUAACCCCUUAGCUUACAAUGACGUCUCAGAGACGUGAUAAGUCUACCGGGCCAAACCUUGGCGUCGCUUUUGGCACGCACAGUUGGAAAUUGAAUCGUAAGGCAAGGGGUUAAGCAUACGUUCUUAUCAUAGUGUUCACGACUCUUUUAAACGUUAUUUACCUGUACAUUACCCUUAUUCUUUUAAUAGGAACCACUGCUAGUUAAACGUUUAAAACAGAAGGGUAUGCAUGUUAUAAGCGUACUACAUAUUUAGGAAGCGUCCCAAAAAUAUCAUACACGUGUCCAAAUAACAAACAUUUAGAGAUUAAGCAUCGUCGAGCUUUAAAAGUUUACAACCACAUGAUGUGUAAAACUAUUAACGAUUAACUAACAAUUUUUCGCUCAGAAUGUGAGAUUUUUGGAACCAAGAUUCUUGAUAUUAGGUGAUGCUUAUAGAACGUGAUCGGCACUAACUUAAUGCGAGGCAAAAAGGUGUACAAAAUAUUCGAAUUGCUUGAAAAUUGUAAAAAUAUAAAUUUUUACAGAAACGGUUUUACGACGUUCGGAAAUUUGUUAAGUUAUAUUUUACGUAAAUGUAAAGUUGACAGUAUCAGGGUAACAUGAGGCAAAAGCAGGAAAUUUAACCGGAAUGCAAAGCGUUCUUUUCCAAGUUGCAAUCGUGUUUUCUUCGCAAUAGAAUUUUGCGACAAGUUCUAGCAAAUUCUUGGGUGGUCUUUAGUGCGGAAUAAAAUAGGUGCUCUUUUUAAUUUGAUUGCUUGGUAAUCUGUUUGAGUAUGACCCUAUACAUAUUUAGUUUAUUCACAAGACUGUGUGCAUACCUCAGUGCGAUAAUUAAACGAAAAGUUGAAUAAAAAGCUAAUGCGAACAGACGAACCAUCGUACGACAAAAAAAUCUGUUAAAUUUCGAGUACCUUGUAACAAUAUCUAGUUUGAUACCCCUUAGACUGAUAUUGGUAAUGAUAAUUACCUCCACGAUAGACCCUUGAAUAAUCUUACAUGUAUAUACGAGAUUGCAACUAUUAAAUUAAAUCGUUUAAAUCACAUAUUCUAAACAAUCAAAGUGCAAUUACAUCGGUUUAAACGUGAAUGUAUUUUUCAAUGUAGAACAAAUUUACGAAAUAGAAAUAUGGUUUCAUCGUAAAUAGAGGCCAGUUAAAUAUAUUUACUUAUAAAACGUUCAGCUGGGUACGGAUAAUCGAAAACAAAAAUGUUCUUAUGUUACUUAACAGUACUAAAGAUUAAACAACAUUUUACAGUUUUUACAAACGUUAGUAAUUAAUUAUGACUAAGCGAGAGUAGAAUUCAGUAUACACCGGAAUCAUUAGUGUCAGAGGUCGGCAAUCUUUUCAUUAAGAAUGCACAGAGGGCGCUUUUGAACAUAACCUUUCUUAGUGGAUGAUAUAUUGAUACGAUGCAAAUUUACGAAAUGAACAGUCUUCUUUACAUAAGAUGAUAAAUCCCUUUUUUGUCCCUUUUAUUAUACAAUAAAAAAUAUGAAGAUUGCUCUAUGCUUCAGUAUUUGACAAACGCGAGUUCCAUAAAAAAUCCAGGUUGCCGGCCACUGAUCUACGUUAGCUUACUUGAGCCAUACGUCUGAGCUAAACAUCGGGUUUAGUUAGCAUUAAUUUAUGUCAAAGAAACAGGAAAAAUGUACUUCGGUGCCCUAAACGAAAUGUUGAAAUUAUUAUACUAAGGAAAUGCUUAAAAUAAUACGGUUUACGUACCGUUCUUCCAUGAGAAGAAGGCACAGUAUUUACAUCCCCACUCCUGUUGUUGUCAGCUGACUCGUUAUUGGUCGGAAACUGUAACGAAGAUCGGUGACAGCCAAUCAGCGGACUGCAGCAAGAGUGGGGAUAUAAACAUGCUGUGCCUUCAUCUCGUGGAAAGACGAUACAUAAUCCUUGGUAUUGGUUAUCCAGUGUUAAGUCAAAGAAAAUACCCAAGGAUAUUUCGCGUAGAUCUAUAAUUUCAAUAAUACUAUGUGUAUAUUAUUAUUUCUAUUCAUACCUGUUGAUUUUUAUUAUAUAAAGAUCUGACAAAGUAAAAGAUUUCAUGGAAAACGCAUUUCAAUGCACAUUUUAAACGAGUCUAAAAAGUAAAUGUCAAAAAUUUUUUAAUACUGUACUUACUAACAGAAUAAAUAUAGUAAGUUAAGAAGUACUAUAUGUAUAUACAUGUACGUGUGUGUGCGUCUAUAUUACAUUCAAUUUUUUAUACUUGAAUUCAUUUUUUUCAUAAAAUGAUAAAAGUUCUAAAAAUUUAUUCUCUGACAUAUGUAAAAUGUUGUAAAUAUAACAUUUAUUAAUACUAGAGCAUUUCGAUCCUUUAACUGUCAAUUUAAGGAAACGACCUUCUACGAUAGAAUAAAAAUAUAAUAAACAUUUUUCUUAAAUAACGAAGUGCAAAAUAAUAAUUAGGUACUUCUGUAGGAUCUACUUGAAAAGUUUCUAUUUCUUCGUGCACAUUACAAACAGUUUUAAGUCCCUGAAUGAUGCAACACAAGUAUCAUUAAAC